UGGACGGGCUGGUCGGCAAGAGCUUGCGCACGGUCUCCAGGGGUAACAGGGCGGAAGUGACGCCAUUUCCGGGUGUGUAAGGCUGCUGCCUGUGCCUGUGGUCUGGUAUCAGGAUGGAGUUUCCGGACCUGGGGAAGCAUUGUUCAGAACCAACAUGUAAACAGCUAGAUUUCCUACCUCUAAAAUGUGACGCUUGUGAGCAGAUCUUCUGCAAAGACCACAUCACAUACAUCCUUCAUAAGUGCAGCUCAGCCUAUAAGAAGGAUGUCCAGGUCCCAGUUUGUCCGCUCUGUAACAUCCCAAUCCCAGUGACUCGAGGACAAACUCCAGAUAUCGUAGUCGGGGAUCACAUUGAUCGGGACUGCAAGUCUGAUCCGGCCCAGCAGAAGCGCAAGAUAUUCACAAAUAAGUGUCAAAAGCCAGGCUGUAAGCAGAAAGAAUUGAUGAAGGUUACAUGUGGAGACUGCCAUGGGAACUUCUGCCUCAAACACCGACACCCGCUGGACCAUGACUGUACAUGCAAGAGCGCCUCUAUCUCCCAAUCAGGGCAUGCAGCAUUGCUUAGAGCUCAGGCUUCUUCCUCCAAAGCCUCAGCUUCCUCCAAAGCCUCCGUUUCCUCCAGCCGUUCAGCACCAAAACUGACAGCACCAAAACCCACGGCACAGCCUCAGCGGAACAGGACGAGUGUCCCUAGUGUACAGCCGCCUGCCUCAGUUGUGCUACAGAACGGAUUAUCGGAGGAGGAAGCCUUACAGAGGGCCCUGGAAAUGUCGCUUGCAGAAUCAGCACAGAACACGCCUCAGCAGCAAAGCACUCAAGAAGAAGAAGACUUGGCUCUAGCCCGAGCUUUGUCAGCUAGUGAAGAAGAAUACAGACGACAACAAGCGUGCUCUGAACGACACACAUAGGAAUUUUGCACCUAAUUCAACAGGGGCCGAGUCGUGAUGCCAAACAGAGCAUGUGUAAUAUGUGCUAGCACGGCACCGGAGCAGCACCCAACCCCAAGCACAGGAGCAGGAACUGCAAUACCAUUCUGGGUUUCAGCCACAACUCUGGGUUUUUACUCUUCAGAACGGACACAAUAUUUUGGAUGAUGUUUUGCAUGCCUGAGUUUCUAUCACUUCUUUUCCUGUAGGCUGUAUAGGCCACUUGUCUGGUCUCAUUAGCUGGAAGUAAAGAAGGUAUAUACUGUUGCUUGACACUA